UUCUCACAUAGAGAUUUAAUCUCAACAGAGUCACAGUUCCACCCAUAUUGCAUGCUGUUAAUCCUGUGGAACAAUGUGCUUUUAAAUCUGGACUCUGACCCUGUCUUUUAUGAGGAAGUCUUGGGAGGAUUUAGUCAGUGUGCCUUGAUAGAGACCCAAGCUUGAAAUAUGGGUUUAAAAGACAAAUAGAUUGAUCCACAACAAAUAAAACAGAAAAUACAUUGUCGGACACGACAGGUGUCGGACCCAGGUAUUUCAGGAUGUAUCGAAGUUCUAGUCCCUACGACUUUGACUCAUGCAGUUACACUGGAUCUGUCCAGUCCAAUCAGUCCAAUACCUUUUCACUGGAUGAUCGAUCAUCACAGAUAUCUAAUCUGAGCAGACCUAGUGCCAAGUCAAUUUACAUGCAGAGGAAGGAGUAUGCUGAUUCUAUCACCAAGAUAAUGAGCAAAUUCCAAUAUAGAGUAGAGCACCUGUUCACAUGUGACCUGGAUGGUGAGGAGGUGCAGGACGUGAAUGACUGUGUUAAGAGACUAAAGAUGCUGGACGAGAGUGGCCGGGUCUGGGGACAGGAUAUGCUCCUGGAGGUCCGCAAUGGAUACCUUCUACUAACAGACAUCGAGACCAAGGAGGAGCUGGAGUCCCUGUCUCUGAGCAGCAUUGUGGAGGUGAAGGCUGUUAUGGACAGCUGUGUGUACAACUCCCUACUGACCGUGAGUGCCAAGGACUUGAACAAGAAGACCACCAGCGUGUUCAUGUUCCAGUGUGAGGACCGCAGGGCAGAUUUAAUGAAACCGGACCUAGAGAGAACACUCCCUAAGCAGAGAGAUGAUGCAAGCAAUCACACCAACAACAGUAGGGGCAAUCCAGAGGUUUUGGCGGGACAAACUUGGAAUCUUCAUAACGAUGGCCCACCUAUCAAGAGUAGUGGUUGGACUCCUCCAGAGGACCCCACCGCUCAGUGGAGUGCUCCGGACUAUGACGAUUCUUCAUCUGUUCCUACAAUGUCGAGAGAAGGGCCCCCUCUCCUGAGGAACAAAACCCUGGUUCAGCCCAUUUUUGUGGAGGAUGAACCCCUUCCAGAACCUGUCUCUCAACCACAAGCAUACACAGAGACUGAUAGAAAUGUGGACAUCUUGAAUCAUAUUUUCAAUGACAUUGAGAUCUUUAUGGGCAAAGUUGCUGCUAAAGCAGCCAAAGCUGGGAAGAAAAAGAAGAAAAAGAAUAAAGGUAAAGGCUUUGAAUGCAUGCCACCAGAAGAGGAAUUUAAAAUUUGUCUCCAGAAAAUAAAAUGCGGGUUCAAUCUCCUGGGCGAGCUCAAUGGAAAGAUUAGCAAUCCCAGCGCUCCUGAAUUUGUCCACUGCCUCUUCUCUACACUGGCAUUUGUGGUCUCCCACUGCCCCGAGGAUCUGCCACCCACCAUUGUUGCGCCGCUACUGGAGCCGGAGUGUAUCCGUUUGCUGAGUGAGGAGGCCAGCCCCGAGGAGGACAAGCUGUGGCAGUCACUGGGAGACGCCUGGAACAUCCCAAGCACAAAAUGGCCGGAAGAUGACGAAGACAUCCCUACCUACACUCCCGUGUUCUACGACGGUUGGCAGCCUGCAGAGGUAACCCCAUCUCCCACAGAGAGACAGCCUGAGAGAAGGCAGCAGAGUCCCAAUCAAAGUCCGUAUUUAACUCCUGAAAAGAAAGAUGCCCCAGGGACGCAUGCACCAUCACGUCCCGACGAGCCUAACCCCAGUUACAUGCGUGUGAUGUAUGACUUCAUUGCGAGGAACAACAAAGAGCUGAGCAUCUCAAAGGGAGCGGUGGUUCAGCUACUGGACAUGUCCAAGAAAUGGUGGAAAGUUCGAAACAAUCUAGGGGAAGAGGGUUAUGUACCCAACAACAUUCUGGAGUCUCUGGACAAGGAGGCUGAAAAGCAGGAGACCAGCGGCCUUCCAUCCUUAUCCAAGAGUUCCAAACCCGCCCAGGUGAUGGCUUGGCUGGAAUACAAGGGCUUCAGUAAAAUAACGGUGCGCUGUUUGGGCGUUCUGAGUGGCUCUAUGCUCCUAGGAAUGACGAGAGAAGAGUUGAAGAUUGUGUGUCCUGAGGAGGGGGGUCGGGUCUUUUUCCAGCUCCAGAACAUCAAGUCGGCCUUAGCUCUCGCCAGCGAGAUAAGGCCGAUAGAGCCUUAGAAGAGGAGGAGCUGAACACAGGCGACUCAGGAGGUGAAGUUUCAAACCUGAAGCUUAAACCUAAGUGACAAUAGUGACUGUAACUAUUGAGUUUAUUUAGACACAUAAAGGGUUAAUUAUCAAAGCUCUAUAUUGUUAUUGACAUUAAAUAAAAGAGAUCUGUUUUUUGCAUUA